CACGUGUCCCUUAAGAUACCAGGGUCUUCACGUCUCCCACAUUUGAAACGCAGAAACCUAACUUCUUCCCAAAUGGAAACCCUCGUAUACUUGUUCACAAAUUCACAGACUUGAAGCUAAAUCAAAUCGAACCUCGCAGCUCCCUAAAGGGUUUUAUAGAGCUGACUGUAUCUCACCGCGCGGGCGCCUGAACGCCGUGUCGUUUUGAAUGGCUCGGAUAAGAAAGCACGGGGCUAAUUUCUCUGGGGAGGGAGGAGUUGAGAGCGUUGAUGAUAGUGAUGCAGUAGUGGGUGAGGACAUGAGUGAGGGUUUGGAAGAGGGAGAUGAAUUGGUAGAUGGAGGUGGUGAUUCUGGAGGGAAAGUAGGACCUGUAGAUAUGGAGAUUGAUGAGAAAGGUGGAGAUGGAGUGACAGAGGGUUUGGAGGGGACUCAAUUUGGGGGUACUGAUGCGAAUGCAGCGAGUGAGAAAGGGUCGGUUUCGGAAUCGAAGGAUGGUUCUAAGGGAGUUGAAAGUUCAGUCCUUAGUGACAAGGAUAGGGGUAAAGAUGAGAUUGUAAGGGAAUGCGUGGAACCUGUAGCUGUGGGUACUGUGGAAGGGAACCUCUCGAUUAGUUUUGAGGCGAAGGAGGAUGGAACAGUUGAGGGAAAGGAUGAAUUGAUGAGAGAUGACAAAGAAGAGGAAGUUGCACAAGUAGAUGAGGAAGAGAGAGAAAGAGAACAGAAUGUGGAGUGUAGCCAGAGUAGCCAUGCUACAAGUUCUAACGUGGAGCAUGAGGCUACAGGGUCUGUUGGAGAAAUACCGCAGGACAUCCCAGCUGUGGAAGUGAAAAUUGCCGGUAUCGAUGAGUCUGGGCAUGAUGGAGACCUGAAUGCAAGCACUGGUUCCCAGAUGGUUAUGUCUGGUGGACUAGAAAAUCAGACGUUGGAAGUUAAUGUGGGAGUAAAGACCGGUGAAGAUGUCUUGAUGCCUGAAUAUGUUUCCCCAGCAGAGGUUUCUGUGAAAUCUGAAAAUGGGCAUAAUUUGAUUGACAUGGCUAUUGAUUUGGAACCGUAUGCUGGAAAGGAUGGGAAUGUUUCAGAUGAUAGUAAUGUUUCUGGUCCCUCACAACCAGAAUUUCAAGCUUUUGAUCUAGUAUGGGGCAAAAUUAGGAGCCAUCCAUGGUGGCCUGGGCAGAUAUGUGAUCCUUCAGCUUCAUCAAAACUUGCAAAGAAGUAUUUUAAGAAGCACAGUUAUCUGAUAGCUUAUUUUUGGGAUUGUACAUUUGCUUGGAAUGAAGCACCACAAAUUAAGCCCUUUAGGGAGAACUUUUCACAAAUGGAAAAGCAGAGCAAUAUGGAGGAAUUCCAAAAUGCAGUUGCUUGUGCUCUGGAUGAAGUCUCAAGGCGAGUAGAGUUUGGCUUGGCCUGUUCUUGCAUUUCCAAAGAAGUUUAUGCAAAGCUCAAAACACAGACGAUCAUUAAUGCUGGAAUCAAGGAAGAAGCAUGUAGAAGAGAUGGUGGUGAUAGUUCACUGGGUGCUUCUUCUUUUGAACCCUUGAAACUCAUUAACUUUGCAAAACAAGCCGCCAAGCUGCCAUUUGGCAGAGCUGACAGACUCGAACUUGUUACAUCACGGGCCCAAUUAUCAUCUUUCUAUCGUUGGAAGGGUUAUUCUCAGCUGCCAGAGUUCAAUUUUCUUGGUGGGUUGCUGGAAAAUGAUGCCGACAUUUCACUAUUGAGAGAAAAGGAGCAAUUUAAUGAACUACGGGAAGUUGCACUUCCAGUAAUUAAGGAUGAGGAAUUGGAGCAGAAAUCAAAAGGGAAAAGCUCCUCAUUGCAUAAGCGUAAGCACAUAUCUGGAGAUAGUUCCCAACCAGGUAAAAAAGGGAAAAACUCCUCAAAUGUAACUGCUGAGAAGGGUUUGUCUACUCCCAUGAGUGAGAAUGGAUCAGAAAGGAAAGCUGACUGUAAGUUGGUUUCACAAUCCUCAAGUAAGAAACGAAAGGCAGUUGAUGGAGCUAUGCCUGAUGACUCUGCGGUGAAACAUAGUAAAAGCACUUCAUCAGCAGUGGAAGAUACUGUUCCUUUACAGAAUAAGCAGACUUUUAGAGUUGGAGAUAGAAUCUGUAGGGUUGCAACCCUACUAAAUGGGUCAAGUCCAAUAUUCAGGCACAAUGCAGCACCUGCAGAUGCUGAAGUUCAGGAUGAAGGCAAAGAGAAAUCUUCAUUGCAGAAACCACAAACUGAAAAGCUGAUUGACAUGGAGAAUCCUUCUCCUGAUGAGAUGCUGUCUCAGCUUUGCUUGGCUGCCAUGAAUCCCAAUAAAGGGUACAGCAUGUUGAUUUCCUUGAUGGGUUGCUUCUCAAAAUUUAGGAAUACUAUAUGCCUGGAACCUCCCAGUCCAGAUGAGGAUCAAUUGCCUUUGGGACAAAUAUUUGGUAGCAAGCGCAGUAAGAAAUCAACCAAGACUGGAAAGAAAUCAAUCAAACCACGCAUCUCUGAAAAAUCUGAGUUGGAGCUGGUCAAAGACUCUUAUUCUUCUGAUAAGAUAGUUAAGAGUCAAAAUGAAAAUGGAGAGUUAUUGCUUGGAGCUGCAAGCGAUAAAGAUACAUGUGUUGUGGAGUCACAGUCAAGUCCUGAUUCGGAAGCACUGAAGCCAGUUCUUGACAAUAAAAAUGGAGAGUUGGUGUGUGGAACUGCAACAAGCGAUAAGGAUACUUCUACUGUUGAACUGCAAGCAAGUCUUGAGUUAAAUCCCACUUUGGAUUCUGAACAGAACAUUGUUUGUGGAGAUAUUGAAUCAAAAGCAGUGAACACAGCUGCUACAAGCGAUAAGGAUACUUAUACUGUUGAACUGCAAGCAACUCUCGAGUUAAAUCCCAAUUUGGAUUCUGAACAGAACAUUGUUUAUGGAGAUAUUGAUUCAAAAGCAGUGAACCCAGCUCUGGAUGAUGAAAAUGGAGCAUUAGUACGUGAGCCCAUCUCUGUUGUUGAGUCACCAGCAGAUCCCAAGUUAAAUCCCAAUUUGGAUUUUGAACAGGAAAAUACAGUAAGAGAUACUGGUGCGGAAGCAGUGAAGCCAGCUCUUGACGAUGAAAGUGGAGAGUUGGUGGCUGGAGCUCUAAGUAAUAAGGAUGCUUCCGCUGUGGAUUCGCAAGCAAGUCUUGAGUUCAAUCCCAAUAUGGAUUCUGCACUGAAAUUUCCUGAUGGAGAUUAUGAUUCAGAAGCAGUGAAGCCAGCUUCCCCAAGUGAGAGUUGUGAGGAAGAUUCUCCCGCAGCUCUGAUCUUGAACUUUUCAGACUUGGAGUCUCUUCCCUCGGAAGCAAGUCUAAACAAUAUUUUUAGCAUCUUCGGGCCUCUGAAUGAAUCGCAAACCGAAUUGUUGAAGAAGACAAACCGGGCCAAAGUGGUUUUCAGGCGGCGUUCUGAUGCUCAAAAAGCUUUCAGCAGUGCCGGGAAAUACAGUACCUUUGGACCUUCACUUGAAAGUUAUCGCCUCAAGUAUCCGCUAUCACCAAGUAAAGCUUCUCCUUCUCCGAAGGUGGCAAAGCAAGGAAAAAUGGAUGCAUCUGCAGAAGGUGAUGGAGCUAGAAAACACUGAUGAAAUGAGAGUCACAGGUUACUAUUAGUUUUUUUCUUUAACCAAACUUUCAAGCAAGAAACGAGAGAGUGGGUAGUUGCAUCGGUAUUUUUAUGGAAAUUGCUAGGACCAAGAUUAAAAGGUAUAUGUACAUCCAUGUAGUUUAUUUAUUAAUCAGCUGUGAGCUGUGAGAAAUGCCAAGAACUGCAUUAUGAGUUAGUCUAGUGCAGUAGGACAGUUCCAUUCUUAAUUGGCUGUAGAGUAGUACUCAGAACUCCAUUGUCAGUUACUCUAGUGCAAUAGUACAUCUUCCGUGGCUCAA